AAGGUCUAUUUGAAUUUCUCCUUUAAAAUAUGAGGACUAGAAAUCUUUGCUCCAGGAGGUGGGGCUCUAAAUAGAAAAUUCGACAGCAUGCUGGGAAGAACCAUGAGAAAGCUCUGUGGUGCGGCCACACAGAACGCUGUCAGGUCAGAUGAGUGUAAAUGCAGCUCCUUGGAAAUGACAGAGGAACAGUGUGGAUCACAGUCUGCAGUUUGGAUUCCAAAGCAUCCAAUGAACUUUAAAGGAGAAAUGAUACAUGCAAGCACUUUCAGGAACAUGGGCUUUCAGUUCUUCUCACUGGAACUGAUGGUGCUGUUUGCUUUGCUGGCCGUGCAUUUGGAUCGCUGGUGGGUUGCUGAGAAACUGUCACACGUCCUGGAAACUUUAGGGUCUGUGUUUUCCCUGGAAGAUGACAUUUGGACAUAGCAGUUCCCUGUGCUGAGCAGUCUGCACCAGCAAUUGUCAGAAGGGGAGCUGUCAGAAGUGAGCUGAUGUCUGUGACCAUCCCCACGGCAGCGUUGCAUGAGGAAGACGAGCAGAAAUGCAGCACACGUUUUAGUACAGAGCUGCACAGUGAAACCUUGGCUUCCAAAGCAGCUGAGUCCAGGACCUUAAGGAAUGUCACGCAGUGGUUGCUGAACUAACUGGCUCUGAAAGGACCAGAAAAAGAUGGCAGUCUGUAUUUGAAAUAAACACGUGGACUCUCGCAGAUAAGAAACCAUGUCAAAAAAAGGACGUAGCAAGGGCGAAAAGCCUGAGGCACUGAUUGUUGCCCUACAGGCUGCCAAUGAGGAACUCAGGACCAAGCUAACAGACAUUCAAAUUGAGCUGCAUCAGGAGAAAUCUAAGGUUGCUAAACUCGAGAGAGAGAAGACCCAAGAAACAAAGCGCAUCCGCGAGGUGGAGCAGCGCAAACAGACCGUGCAGAUCACGGAGCUGAAAGCCAAACUCCAUGAGGAGAAAAUGAAGGAGCUGCAGGCUGUGAGGGAGAACCUCAUCAAGCAGCACGAGCAGGAGAUGACGCGGAUGGUGAAGGUCCGGGACAGCGAGAUUCAGCGGCUCAAGUCGGCUCUGUGCGCGCUGCGGGACGGGAGCAGCGACAAAGUACGGACAGCGCUGACCAUCGAGGCUCGCGAGGAGGCCAGAAAACAGUUCGACUCUGAGCGCCUUAAGCUUCUGCAGGAAAUUACUGAACUGAAGUCUGCCAAAAAGCAGGUAGAUGAGGCCCUUAACAACAUGAUCCAGGCCGAUAAGAUCAAGGCGGGGGAUCUUCGGAGUGAGCACCAGUCCCACCAGGAAGCCAUUUCCAAGAUCAAAUGGGAGAGUGAAAGGGAUAUCCGACGCCUGAUGGACGAGAUCAAGGCUAAAGACAGGAUCAUAUUUUCCUUGGAGAAAGAACUGGAGACACAGACAGGCUAUGUGCAGAAGCUGCAGCUGCAGAAGGAAGCUCUGGAUGAGCAGCUCUUCUUGGUGAAGGAGGCAGAGUGUAACAUGAGCAGUCCCAAGAGAGAGAUCCCAGGAAGGGCUGGAGAUGGCUCAGAGCACUGCAGCAGCCCUGACUUGCGCAGGAACCAGAAGAGGAUAGCGGAGCUGAACGCCACCAUCCGCAAGCUGGAGGACAGGAACACGUUGCUCGUUGAUGAACGAAAUGAACUGUUGAAACGUGUCCGAGAAGCUGAGAAACAAUGUAAACCUCUUCUGGAAAAGAACAAGUGCCUCACGAAGAGAAAUGAUGAACUUAUGCAGUCUUUGCAGCGCAUGGAAGAUAAACUCAAAGCAGUCACUAAAGAAAAUAUAGAAAUGAGAGAAAAAAUAACAUCACAUCCCCCUCUAAAGAAGUUAAGAUCUCUCAAUGACCUGGAUCAGGCCAAUGAGGAACAAGAAACUGAAUUCUUAAAGCUUCAGGUCAUAGAACAGCAGAACAUAAUCGAUGAGUUAACAAGGGACAGGGAGAAACUCAUUCGUCGCAGGAAGCAUAAAAGGAGCUCAAAGCCAAUUAAGAGACAUGUGGUGGAUACAUUUUUUGGGUAUGAUGAUGAUUCCAUGGACUCUGAAACAUCCUCUGUGGCCUCCUAUAGAACAGACAGAACACCAGCAACCCCAGAUGAUGAUCUGGAUGAGGGUUUAGCAGCGGAAGAGUCAGAGCUGCGGUUUCGGCAGCUGACAAAGGAGUACCAGGCCCUGCAGAGAGCGUAUGCACUGCUGCAGGAGCAGACAGGAGGGGUCAUAGAUGCUGAAAGAGAAGCCAAGGCUCAGGAGCAGCUCCAAGCUGAAGUCCAGAGGUAUAGAGCCAAAAUAGAAGAUCUGGAGAAAACUUUGGCACAGAAAGGACAGGACUCACACUGGGUGGAAGACAAGCAGCUUUUCAUUAAGAGGAACCAAGAGCUUUUAGACAAGAUAGAGAAACUGGAAGCAGAAAACAACCGUCUGCAACAGGAGCUGCAGGAUGCCCGAGACCAGAACGAGCUGCUGGAGUUCCGCAACCUUGAGCUGGAGGAAAGAGAGAGACGGUCCCCACCAUUUAAUCUCCAGAUUCACCCAUUCUCAGAUGGUGUGAGUGCUCUACAGAUCUACUGCAUGAAGGAAGGGGUUAAGGAUGUCAGCAUCCCAGACCUCAUAAAGCAGUUAGACAUCUUAGGUGAUAAUGGGAAUUUAAGAAAUGAAGAACAAGUGGCCAUAAUUCAGGCUUCCACCGUAUUGUCCUUGGCAGAAAAGUGGAUCCAGCAGAUUGAGGGAGCUGAAGCUGCUCUGCAUCAGAAAAUGAUGGAACUGGAAAGUGAUAUGGAGCAAUUUUGCAAAAUAAAAGGUUAUUUGGAGGAAGAAUUAGACUACAGGAAACAAGCUCUUGACCAAGCAUACAUGAGGAUCCAGGAGCUUGAGGCCACCUUGUACAAUGCUUUGCAGCAAGAAACGGUGAUAAAGUUUGGGGAACUACUCACUGAAAAACAGCAGGAAGAGCUGAGGACAGCAGUGGAAAAGCUGAGGCGUCAGAUGCUGAGGAAGAGCAGAGAAUAUGAUUGCCAGAUUCUUCAGGAGAGGAUGGAGCUGCUCCAGCAGGCUCAUCAGAGGAUCCGAGAUUUGGAAGAUAAAACUGACAUCCAAAAGAGACAAAUUAAGGAUCUGGAGGAGAAGUUUCUAUUUCUAUUCUUGUUCUUCUCUCUUGCCUUUAUUCUUUGGCCUUGAUGUCAAUGUGCCUCUUGGAAAGAGUGCCCGACCACCCAGAUAAGUCCUUAUAAAGGCAAAUGCUUCCAUCCCCCGAUGAAGAGAAUAUUGUUUACACCUAUUUUAAAAAGUAUAAAAAUGAACAACCUGUAGCCAAGACUGCAACCACCUUGUAUUUUAAAGCCAUCACUCAAAAUUUGUUACCUGACAGUUCCUGUCUAAAGCUAUGAUAUAUGCUGCAUCUAAUGAAAUUCUAUAUGUUGAAAUUACGAAAGGGGAAGAAGAAUAAACUGUGAACCUACAUCACCUAGGAAGAACUUAAAGGGAAGGAACCACUUUCAGCUGAUCAAGUCAGUGUGUCUUGGGCAUGGAACCAAAGUUACAACAGAAAAAUCUAUCCCUGCUGUGCAGGGCAAUCAUUUAAAUGUCACCCUGUCAUCCCACAAAUGGAUCAAAAGUGAACAGGACAGAGCAGGAGAAACUCGAGCCGUGGGGAGAUGCUGACAACCAAGCGCUCGGCUUGAACUGUGCGGCUUUCUCGCUGUGGGGACUCCUGCUCUCCCUCUUUGGUUUUAACCUCAGGAACAAAUGACAGCUGCAAUGUGGGAGGAAGAAAGGAAAAUAAACCGGUCUGAGUUAUUGCAGGAUGGGCAGGACAGGUCACCACGUUUUGUGCUUGAGAUCGUAACACAGCAGCACCCGCCUUGGCCAAGGAAGGGGAGAGGAGGGUGUCUGGUGUAAGGAGGGUUUCCGACAGAGUUGAAGCCUUAUCUCUCUUCACUGUCCCUCCAUGAAGAACAGCCUGUCUAUUAUCAGAUACUUUUCAUACUCUUUAAAGACUGCCAUUGAGAUAAUAAUGACUAUACUUGGUUUUACUGUUGAAUAACCACUGAGGAUCACUGGAUUGGACCUACAGAGUAGCUUCUGAGAAAGAAAACAAAUGUUGGAGGAUGGGGGGGCGGGGGAAGCCCAUUUGACAUGAUCCACAAAGCAUCAGCUUCCAACUGUUUUGUCCUGGCUUGGAACAAAUGUUUUGGUUCAGCUUGUCUACUGACUUUGUUAGCUGGCUUCCUGAUCAAUGACACAUAAACCAAAAAUGGGGAAAAGCUGUGUGAACACAGCCUCAUUACAAGUAAGAGGUAUUGCUAGUCUGUUUAGAUUUUUCCACUGUUAAGAGUAAGUAAAAGCAGUUUGCAUUUCAAAGCAUUACUUACCUCUCUGAUCACAAAGCCUGGAACCCGGCCCUGGUGCCUCCCUGAGGGUCACAGGUCCACGCCCCCAGUACUCUGUAAAACCGACCCUGAGAAGCAUCACCCUGCAGCAAACACUGCGAGGGUCCCGUGCCGCGGGGAGCAGCAGAGCCAGCUGCACCCACCCUCCCUUCCCUCACUGGUGGGCUGACAGUGCACUUCUCUGUGCCUCGGCUUUUAUUUUCCUGAGAAUGGAGUCGUGCCUGGGCAGACUUCAGGUUCCUGUGGCAAGGCUGUGUCUUCCACGAUGGAGCCUUAAUUUUGACUGGGAGAAAUGGAUGUCUGUACUACAAACUAGAAAAUUAAGGGCCAGAAUACAGCCUCUGCAUUACCUACACCUUCAAAACAGGGCUCACAUGUACCAAUCUUACGCACACAGACGGCUCAUCAAAAAGUGCUUUUCAAAGAGCUUCUUCUUCGUUUGCCUGUUUACUUUUACAUAUGAAGCUUCUGAGGCACAAAGCAGUGAAGUCACUUGCCACAGCAACAGGUCAAAAGCAGUUCUGUGGCCUUAUCAGGGAGGAAGUUCUCUAGUAUCAAGGGUGCCAGCCCCUCACAGAUAUCUUUUUUUUUUUGGCCAGAAUAGCUUUUAAUCAGUAAUGUCCAUUCACCCAACUGCAUAGCAAUGCUGGGCUCAGUUUCUCCACAGACUCCUUAAAUCCUCAUUUCUUGAAUGCCAGGAUAUCAUGAUAAGCCUUCCAUCAAAGGUUAGAAACUAUUAGCAAGUGAUUUUUUUCCCUGCUCCUUAAAAUUGAUUUAAAUUAUAAAAUGACCACAUCUUCUUGAAGCACUCUGGUUCAGCCGAGGGGUUCACUGAGUUCUGCACUGAGUUCUGCUGUAUGUUUGUUGGUUCAUUGUUUUAAAAGACAGGCUUGUGGGCAUAUAUGUUACACGACUGCAGGUACGUUGCAUGCUCUUUGUUCAAAUUCUUUUUCCUCAGCAGAAGACUCUGUGGAUCAGGUUGACCCAAAUGUACACGUGCUUUCCACGAGCCAGCAGUUCAGUCCUGAAGUUCUGGAGUGGGGGGAAGUCUUGUCCCUCUCCUGUGACAGCUGGAGAUCACUAGCAGCUUUACAACAGCUUGAUAGCUACAAAAAAGGGGGGGUGUCCCACUGGCUAUUCGUUCUUCCCCCCUCACUCUUUUCUCCCCUCUUGCAGCACCACUUAAUUUCACACCAUUAGGCCACUUUCUUCAGCAUUAGGGCUGGCAGUUAAAGCACUGAGCUCUUCUUGCAGAAGAAUGAGCAGCACCUGGUUUCAAUGGCAGUGCAAUAACUUCUGCCACUGGUUUGGCUAAAGAAAAAAAAGGGACUAGAAACAUUUAUUUCAGGCAAUCAUAGGGAAGGUUUAUGGCACAGAUAGAAAAAAACUGACUGAUCUUGUGGCAGGCUUCAUCAUUUAGACUCUCUGAGCCAUGUUGUCUUAUUUAAUUUCUCUUUUUUACCUAAUUUGCCCUCCCUUACUCCUGUGUGUAUACAUGUGCCUGCAGGUGCUCCGUUCCCAAGGGCUCAGGGUGGGGUGGUGGUCUGGCCACAGCAGACCUGGGUCUGCAAACCUUUCAAAGAUUGCUGUUCCCUCCAUGGAGCUGAACCACCGCUGCUUUACUCCCCUUGCAGCGUAACACAUGCCAUGCCUAAAACACACUUUGCUGAUAUGAGUUAAUACAAACGUCCUGCUAUCAGCUAGAUCUAAAUGAGUUUGAUGUUUGUGUAUAUAUAUAUACAUGUAUCUAUAUAUAGUGUAUAUGUACAUAUAUAUACAUAUAUAUGCAUAUACCUAUCUAUUCCCUGUUGUAUAUAGAAAUUGUUGCUAUAGCUGAUGAAAGUAUACUUCAAUCUAGGUAUGGGGAACUGAAUCUAGACUUGUUUAGCUGCCCCAACUGGUACACUCCUCCAGUUUUAGUUUCACAUCUCAUGGGCAACUAGUUUUUUGAUCCUUUUUCUGGACCCUUCUCUGUCCUGGGACUGUUAAUCCUGGGCUUUCUGCUGUUCCUGAUGUUCAUCGAAGCAAAGGAUUGAGAAUCCCCCCUCAGAUUAGUCACUGCAGCCAACCUCCCCUCCCCAAAACCAACCAGCAAAAUAAAAAUCAAUUUACUGCAGCCUUUGAGGACAGCAAAUACAUCCCUGGAUCCCUCCCAUCCAUCCCUGUUCAGGAGUACCAGCACUCCAGGCUCUCUGUCCCGCUGAGGCAGGUGAGCCACAGAAGGUAGUGCACAUCAGCUUGACCACAGUUCGACUUGCUGCUUUUUCUCCACUGACCAAGUUGGGAGAUUUUGAAGACAGUUUCAAUUUAAGCUCUUCAGAUGAGGGCCUGGUUUGGCGAGAUGAAUUUAGGCAGUUGGGGUUGCAGAAGGAAAUGGCUCUUCUUGCAGUGUUGUCAGCCUGGCUCACAGCUCCAUCCUCUCUUACUGAUGUGCCUGGGGGGUCAUGGAGACUUUUUUGUAGGUGUUCUUCAUCGUCCAACCCCCUGCCCUCAUCUCAGUGGGAAACAUCCUCUGAACCCCACUGCUUUCCGUUCCGUGGCAUCCCAAGAGGACUGCCCAGGCCAGGCUCUCCUGACUGGGGCAAGGCUCAGACAACAGACACACAGCUGCUGGUGAUCCAAAGGGUUUUCUCUUCCCCUGCCCUCCCUCACAUCAGCACCUCUGUGGUUUUAUAUAUACUUUUUGUUCCCAAUUUUUUUGGUGUCUAUUCCAGAACAAAAUUGUAAAUGACUUGGCAGAAUGACCCUUUGAUAAACACUGGACAUGUAUCUGUACUAUAUGUAUUAACGUGUAGGAGAGAAUCCUUAUUGUAUGUAAAGUUUUAUGAAUGGUUAUUUUUUAAUUUAUGUAUUUAAUAUAGGAUUCAAUGACCUCUGGUGUUUUAGUUUGUAUAAAAAAUAAAACAGCGGCAUUUUUAAAAAAAAUAAUAAAAAAAAAUCACUUUA